AUGAGCUCCGAAGUGGUUUUUUCAGUUUCUGGGAUGACUUGUGGGGCAUGCUCAGCAUCUAUAACUAAAGCAUUGUCUGAAACAGAUGGUGUAAAGGAUGCCUCUGUAUCAUUAUUAAUAGAGGAAGCAAAGGUAACAUUUGAUGAUUCAAAGACUUCAAUACAAGCUUUGAAAGAGGUAAUUGAAGACUGCGGAUUUGAUGCUGACAUAAAGAGUCAUGUCAACAAAGCAGCUUUGGUAGCGUCUACCGCAAUCGUAGACAGCUUGGAACGCAAGGAUGCAACGGAAAAGCUUACUGAUGUAUUACAAAGCAUGAAAGGAGUAAAUCAAGUGUCUUUAUUGAUACCUGAAAGAGCUGUUACAUGCUUACACAGCACACAUGUGACUCUGGAUUCAAUCAAACGCAAGAUAGAAGUAUGUGGGUUUGAAGUACUAUCUAUCAAUAGUAAUGCUGAACAGAAUGCUGAUGCGGCUACGAUUACCAAGUGCUCAAUACAGGGUAUGACAUGUGCCGCAUGUUCUUCUUCUAUUACUAGAGCUUUGGAGGAUAUAAGUGGCGUGAUAAGUUGUAAUGUAUCUUUAGUGUUAGAAGAAGCAGUAGUAAAGCACCGACAUUCGGUAACCACAGAUCAAAUCAAAGAUGCGAUAGAAGACUGUGGUUUUGAUUGUCAAGUCUUAAGCUCUGGUGCUGAAAAUGAUGAUCAAGGGAAAGAGAUGGAUGAGGAUGAAGUCAGUUUACAGAUAUUUGGAAUAUCAAAUACUACAGACCUAGUCGAACUACAGUACAAUAUUGAGGCUCUAGUAAAAAGCUUAGAUGGCGUGUCUCAUUUCCAGCUUGCACUUAAAGGUAAUUCAUAUGACUCUACCGAACCAUUAGUUACGGAGUCUAAUUCUUCAAAUGUACAGGCGGUUCGUUCACAAGAUAAUCAAGAAUUAUACGAAGAUGAAAAUUUAAUUGAUGAAUUGUCGGUAACAUUCAACCCCCUGCGUUUAGGCAUAAGGACUCUUGUUGACCAGCUAAAUCAGAUUGAAGAAGGAAUAUAUUUUAGCAUCGUGAACUCAAUUGAUCAGUCGUCAACCUCACAGUUGAGAAUCCUAUCUAGAGUAAAGGAUAUUCAAUAUUGGAAAUCCAAUACAUGGAAAGCAUUCCUCAUUGGAAUUCCUAUUAUGUUGAUGUCUGCAACGCAAAAUAUGAAACUUUGGAGUAAUAUCAUCAUCUUUCCCGGCCUUUUCUUGGUUUCACUUUUACAAUUAUUGCUCACUUCAAUUGUUCAAUUCAAGCUAGGUUCGGUAUUUUUAAAGAAGUUCCGACAAUUCUUAGUGAAUGGUGGAAAAAAUGCCUCCAUGGAUGUGUUAGUGUACAUUUCAACUUCGAUAUCGUUCAUUUUUUCCGUUCUAUCGAUUGUCUUGAGUGUAUGGUCUGGUCAGACUAAAAAGCCUCCUAAAGUCUUGUUUGACACGAAUACAAUGAUAAUUUUUUUUAUCUCCUUUGGCAAAUACUUGGAAAAUAAAGCUAAAGGAGCAACAUCAACUGCCUUGUCUAGAUUGCUAUCUUUGACACCAAGCACCUGUUUGAUUGCUCUGGAUGUCGACACAUACGAAAAGGCAGUCAGAUCUCAAAACGCCGAAAAAGACACAGUAUUUGGAAUUGCUGACUUUCCAACUCGUACGAUCAGUAUUGACUUGAUUCAAACGAAUGAUAUAGCGAUUGUCUUACCUGGAGGAAAGAUUCCUGCAGAUGGUGUCAUUAUAUACGGAGAAUCUGAUAUCGAUGAAUCAUUGUUAACCGGAGAACCACUUCCUGUCUUCAAAAAGGUAGGAAACUCUGUCAUUGGUGGGUCAUUAAACGGUAACAAGUUGAUUCACAUUAAAGUUUUAAGAUCAGGAAAAAGGUCCCAGUUACAGCAAAUUAUUAAUUUAGUGCGAGAUUCACAAACCAAUAGAGCACCAGUUCAAAGGUUUGCUGACUUCGUCGCCGCUAAAUUCGUUCCUACUAUUUUAGUAUUAUCUGUGAUAACUUUUCUCUUCUGGAUGCUUUUCUGUUACUCUGUUGACGAUCUACCAAAAGCGUUUAAGAUGGAAGACUAUGGGAAGGCUUUUGUUUGCUUAAAGUUGUCAAUAUCCGUUAUUGUCGUUGCUUGCCCGUGCGCAUUAGGUUUGGCCGCACCCACUGCAAUAAUGGUGGGAACAGGAGUUGGUGCUUCGAACGGCGUCUUAAUUAAAGGAGGCGAUGUUUUGGAAAAGGCUAAGGAUAUCAAUGUGAUUUUGUUCGACAAAACUGGUACACUUACUACCGGUGAUAUGAAAAUAAGUAAUUCAAAUCAAAUACCUUCCAAUAAUUUGAACCAUGCCGACUGGUGGAGUAUGGUGGGAUCUGUUGAAGCCAAUUCAGACCACCCUGUAGGUAGGGCCAUAUCGAGAGGUGCUAAAGAAAAACUUGGAUUAAAUUUUGAAGAAGAUACCUUUAAAGCUACUGUAAGUGAAUUUAAGGUUUUCACAGGUUCAGGUGUGAGUGCUACAGUUGAAUUGCAUACGACUCAAAUUGACAAGUUACAUGUAAGCAUAGGAAAUGUCAAAAUGCUUCGAGAUAUGUUUCCAGAUUUGUAUUUGGAAUUCUUGAACCAUUUUGUUGGGAAUACAAGUGAGUCAUCAAAUACUAUUGCUCAUGUGGUAGUUAAUGAAACAUAUGCUGGGUAUAUUGAAUUAUCUGAUAGUCUCAAAUCUGAUGCUAAAGAUGUUGUAAAUUACUUGCGGUACCAUGAACGUUAUAUUGUGGGUAUGGUGACUGGUGAUCAUCAAAAGGCUGCUCUAAGAAUAUCUGAAGAGUUAGGAAUUCCCUCUGGCAAUGUUUUUAGUGAAGUUACUCCCAUCGAUAAGAAUAAAAUUAUUAAGGAUAUGAAAUUGAGAUUUGGAAAUCAAGGAAAUAUAGGUAUAGCAUUCGUCGGGGAUGGCAUCAAUGAUGCGCCAGCUUUGGCAGAGGCAGAUAUUGGUAUGGCUAUCAGCUCUGGAACUGAUAUUGCGAUGGAGACAGCAGAUAUAGUGCUUCUUGGUGGUAAUCAGUUUCGUUCAGACUUAUUUGGAGUUCCUUUUGCAUUGGAUAUCUCGAAUGCUACUUUCAGAAGGGUCAAGGCGAAUUUUGUUUGGGCGGCUUUGUACAAUAUGCUUAUGCUUCCAUUUGCUAUGGGUUGUUUCAUCCCCUUUAACAUAAUUUUGCCACCAAUUGCAGCCAGUGCUGCAAUGGCACUUAGCUCGGUAAGUGUUGUCGUAAGCUCUUUGCUUUUAAAAUUUUGGAAACCUCCAGUAAUCAAAGAAGACGUCUCAGCAUUGGAAAGAAAUAUUGGACAUGAUGAGGUAUCUAAUUUUAGUCUUCAAAGCUCCACAUUGUCUGAAUUUAAUUCGACAAAAAGAAACAACGACUUACGAUUUAAGUUAUUUAAAAAGAUACGUGGCUCGAUAAAAAGAGAUCCUGGUUAUGAAUUAGUUCCUAAUAAUUAA